AUGUCCGACCAAGAUUAUGUGUGUGCUGCCAAGAAUGUUUCUAUGGCACAAUGCGGCAAUUUACAACACGACAGUUUGGUUUCUCGCUCGGUGCAAUUUUGGGUUAUCAAAUUCGUCCUCAUCUAUCCAUUACUAGACAAUCAGUAUACGUAUGUCACAAUAGGUAUUGCUGUAGGAUGCAUCAUGUUGGCGAUUGGUUCGAUAUUUCUCAUGUUCAAUUGUAUUUCAAUUGAAUGUGUUCUUCGAUUUUUAUUAGCUGUCACUGAUUGGUUUCAUGCUUGUGCAGCUGUGGAGCGACUUCUCAGUGUCAUUCUCAAUGCCAAAUUUGGCCUGAUGAAGAGCAAAAAACUGGCAAAACUAUUAAUUAUUAUUUUUCCUUUGUUGAUAUCAAUAUCUCUAAUGCACGAUCCUAUCCAUCGAGGUCUCAUUUACGAUGAAGAAGCACAACGAACUUGGCGUCUGCUUCGUUUGAAACCACAUAUUGAAAGUUAUAAUUCAUUUAUUAAUAUUUUUCACUUCAUUACUCCUUUUGCACUUAAACUCAUAUCGACUAUCAGCACCAUCUUCUGCAUCGCAAAGAAUCGUACAUUAGUCAAGAACGAAAAUUCUUACAGCGACAAUAUCAAAGAACAAUUUCAUAAAUAUAAAAAUCUUAUUAUUAGUUCUAGUUGCUUGGUUAUCUUAGCUCUGCCUCCUUUAAUCUUGAAUUUUGCAUCUGGAUGCACGGAAUCAGUACAAGAACCUUCAGUAUUCUUAGCAGCAUACUUCGUUUCAAUCAUUCCAUCCUUAAUUGCAUUCGUCAUUUUUGUCUCAACUUCGCAAACAUAUAAAAAAAGAGUUCAAAAGUGUGGUUCAAAGAAAAUGGAAGGCGUUCCAACUUCAUUUUCAUCUAUAUUAAUUUAUCAUACAAAAAAAUAUAUUUUACAGUACAAUUUCAGGCGUGAAUUAUGA